GGUCCACACGCCUUGCCUUCGUUCACAAUGCGCUUUUUCACUCGUUUCACCGCGCUGGUUACAGCCGCAGCUCCAUUCGUUGCUCUUGCUGCUCCCGUCGCAGCACCUCCAGCGGAUGACAUUAUUCCUGGAAAAUACAUAGUCCAGUUGAAGCCUGAUACAGAUGUCGCAGCGGUCGCUGCUCACCACCACAAAGUGCGCAGCAUCCAUGCCCGCAACCUGGCCCGACGAGGUGACAAUUCUCCAGCUGGUGAGCCAGUGGAGCGCGAGUACGGCUUCGGCGACUUCAAAGGGUAUGCUGGGUCUUUCGAUGAAGCAACCAUCGAAGAGUUGAAGACUCUGCCAGAGGUCCUUGUAGUUGAGCCAGAUUUCAUCAUGAGAACUUCAGCAAUUGUGUCUCAGGCAAGCCCACCAUGGGGCCUUGCUAGUAUCUCCUCCCGCACGCCUGGAGCCACCUCUUAUGUCUACGACGAUAGUGCGGGCCAAGGCACCUUUUCCUACGUGAUAGACACUGGUGUUCGCAUCACCCAUCAGGACUUUGGCGGACGAGCCAUCUGGGGAUUUAAUGCCGUAAGAAACAGUCCUAAUACUGAUGAAGAUGGCCAUGGAACUCACGUUGCUGGAACUGUUGGCGGUACCAAAUAUGGUGUUGCCAAGAAAACCACUAUCAUAGCUGUCAAGACCUUCGGUGGUAGCACAGGAAGUGCAUCAGAUGUCUUCGCAGGGUUUGACUGGACGGUCAACGAUAUUGUCUCCAAGAAUCGACAAAACACUGCCGUCAUCAACAUGUCGUUCGGUUCAUCUGCCUCUACAACGUGGGACAAUGCCAUUGCUGCAGCUUGGAACAAAGGUGUAAGCAUGGUCGUAGCAGCAGGAAAUGAAGACGGACCCACCUCCGGUCGCUCGCCAGCUCGCUCUCCCGAAGUCAUCUGCGUCGGAAACGUCCAGAGCAACAACAGGAGGCUCAGCGGUGGAGGUGGCUCUAACUACGGCCCUGAAGUGGAUAUCUUUGCUGCUGGCACCCUCAUCGUCUCUGCAUCCCAUCUGAGCGACACAGGAACAACUUCUAAGAAUGGUACCUCUAUGGCGGCUCCUCACGUAGCUGGUCUGAUCUCAUACCUCCGUGGUCUCGAGGGUCCUUCGACUGCGGCGGCCGUUAAGGCGAGGGUGUACCAAUUGGCCACGCCUGGUGUCGUGACAGACACAAUGGGCUCAGCCAAUCUGUUGGCAUACAACGGUAACAAAUAAUCGUAUCUUUAACGAAUGGGGAUCUUAGAACCGUGGUAAUCUACGAUUGUAUGAUUGGGAUGUAAUCUCUUUCUUGGCUUGACCCCUUUCCUGUACAUAUUAUAUGUUGAAUACCACUUAUCCGAUGUUAUUCAAGUCACCUUCCAUG